AUGACGAAGCCUGCGCGUUACGACUUCAAGACGCGCCCCGUCGCGCAUCCCGAUGCCAUUGUCGCGGGCGACAAGUACCGCUUCACCAUCCUGACCGAUGGCCUGCUGCGCUUCGAGUGGGCUGCCGACGGACGAUUCGAGGAUCGAGCAUCCACCUUUGCCGUCAAUCGCAAAUUGGCUGUUCCUGACUUCUAUGUCUGGGAUCGCGGUCAUGGCAUCGAAAUCGUGACGAAGCGCUUCCACGUUGUCUAUGACAAGCGCAAGUUUAGCCCCGAGGGCCUCAAGAUACACCUGAAAGGCUCUGUGACGGGAACAUGGACAUACGGGCAGCAAGUCUCGAAUCUGGGCGGAACCACACGCACCUUGGACGGCGUGAAUGGAAGGACUAACCUUGGACCCGGAGUCCUGUCAAGGGAUGGCAUGGCGCUUUUGGAUGACACCAAGUCCAUGCUCUUCGAGAACGAUGGGUGGAUUGCAGGCCGCAGAGAUGGCGAACGAAGCGACCAGUACAUCUUCAUGUACGGACGAGACUAUCGCGAAGCUAUGCGCGCCUUCUAUGCCCUCUCAGGAAGCCAGCCUCUGCUGCCACGGUAUGCCAUGGGCAACUGGUGGAGUCGCUACCACGCAUACGAUGAGAAGGAAUACCUAGACCUCCACGAUCACUUCGACAAAGACGACGUGCCCAUGAACGUUGCUGUUGUAGAUAUGGACUGGCACUUGGUAUGGAACCUGCCUGACGGUAUGAACGGCUGGACCGGCUACACAUGGAACAAAGCCCUCUUUCCCGAUCCAGACGCCUUCAUGAAGAAGCUGCACGAUCGCGGUAUGAAGUUGACACUGAAUCUGCACCCCGCGGACGGCUUCAGGCACCACGAGGACCAGUACCCAGAAGUUGCAAGAUACCUUGGAAUUGACCCUGCAACAAAACAAACAGUGCCUUUUGACUGCACCAACAAGAAGUUUAUGGAUGCGUAUUUUGACAUUGUACAUCACGAGCAUGAAGACCGCGGUGUUGACUUCUGGUGGGUGGACUGGCAGCAGGGUAACCAGUCCAAGAUCCCAGGCGUUGAUCCCCUCUGGGUGCUCAAUCAUUUCCACUUUUUGGAUAGCGGCAGAGGAAGUCAGAGACCCUUGACCUUUUCCCGCUUUGGUGGACCAGGUGCGCAGCGGUAUCAGAUCGGUUUCUCGGGCGAUGCCAUCAUCACUUGGGACUCACUGCACUUUCAGCCUGAGUUCACAGCAACCGCAUCGAACAUAGGGUAUGGCUGGUGGAGCAACGACAUCGGUGGGCACACGCAUGGCUACAAGAACGAUGAACUGUAUACUCGAUGGGUACAGCUCGGUUGCUGGUCUCCUAUUCUCCGAUUGCAUUCGGAUAACAAUCCUUUCAACACACGAGAGCCGUGGCGCUUCAACGAUGAAGCACGCAUCAUUGUUGAAGAUACGCUCCGUUUCCGCCACCGCCUGAUUCCAUAUCUGUACACCAUGAAUGCACGAUCGGCGUCUGAUGAUGAACCGCUCAUUCAGCCAAUGUAUUGGGACUACCCGGAAGACGACGAAGCGUACAAUGUCCCCAAUCAGUUCCGCUUCGGCAGUGAGCUGAUCGUCGCCCCUAUUACUCAACCCCGUGACAAGGUCACGCAUCACGGUGCAGCGAAAGUAUGGCUGCCUUCUGGCCGCUACGUCGACAUUUUCACUGGCAUUGUCUACGACCGCAAAGGCGAACUACAGGUCCACCGUCCCCUUCACUACACCCCCGUCCUCGCACCCGAGGGCUCAAUCGUCCCUCUAGAUGGCGCAUGGCGACCCAAGAGCGGCUCACCGAACCCCGAAGGUCUUGAAGUCCUUCUCGCCGUCGGCGCAGACGGUGCAUUCACUCUUAUAGAAGACGAUGGCACGGGAACACACGUCGACGACGGUGGUUUCAGCAUGAUUGACGACGAAGGCGUCGAGUCAACGAAUGAGAAUGUGCGAUUCAGUCACACCCCUAUUACUUACAAGCAAUCCACGGGCGUCAUCAAAAUCGGUCCAACAAGCCCGGUCGACCCUUCGAUACCAAAAUCUCGAACCUGGAAAGUCCGUCUCCUCGCCCAUACGCCCUCCAGCACAGCUGAGGUCCGCUGCAUGACCACAUCCCCGAGCACGAAACGGCACGCAAAGACGCUCUCACACACCAUUACUAAAGAAACCAACGGCACACUCAUCACUCUAGAGGGCGUGCCCAGCGGGCAUACCUGCUACAUUGAGCUUGGCGCUGGUCCUCAACUAGAUGUCAUUGAUCCGAACCCGAAGAUCUGGGAUAUCAUCGAUCAAGCGUGGAUUGACAUGGAUCGCAAGUGGGAUAUCUGGAAUUGUGUGAACAAUGGCGAGCCGGUGCUAAACAAGGUUCGGGCGUUGCAGAAUAGGGGACUUCAGCAAGAGCUUCUCGAUGCGAUUUUGGAGUUGUUGCUUGCGGAUGAACGAUAUGCCGGGGAACAGGCGGAUGGGGUUUGUUGUAUAUAG